GGGCCGCCUCAUGUCAUGGGUGGCCAGAAACUCCAAAGGAUUCCAGGUACUGCUGCUUCUGGGGGCGCUGUCGGGCCUACGACACCUGGCCUUGCCGGUCUCCGCCUUCGUCAGCGAGCGCUCGCUAGGUUCCUCACAAGCUUGGAAACUCAGAUACACGCGAGUCCCUUCGCGAGUCUGCGUAACAGCGAUCCGUGCGGAAACCGCUGACCUUGAAAACAUGCGAAAGCGUGAACUUAUUGAGCUACUAACAAGCUAUCAUGUAGAUGCUGCUGGCCUCACGAAGCCAGAGCUGGUACGGCGUAUCAGGGAACUGGGAACCAGCUCCGAGACGAGCAGCCCGAUUAGCCAGGCUGUUACACCGUCCAUGUCUCAACGGGAAGUCGCAGAAAUCGCCAUGGAUGACUGGCAAAAUGCGACCACUGUGGGCUUUGACUGCAAGUCGGGCAGACAUGUUGGAAAUGGUGUGGAGUUUGAUAUCAUUGGACCUUCAGGUCAAGUGGAGCAUCGUGUGAGAUUCUCUGAAGAUUGGCCUCCUGUGUGCACCUGCGCGGAUGCUAGAGCGUGGGGUAGCCAGUUGCGGUGCAAGCAUGUCUGUAUGAUCCUAGUCAAGUGCGGGGUCCCCUAUGCGGCAGUUGCUGAUGGCGACUGGAAACCCGGUGAGAUGGAAAUCAAGAGCAUCGUGAACCACAUGAAAGGGAAAUGGACGCCCAUUCCUUUGCAGGCUUUGGCAAGUAGCUCCUUGCAGCAAGACGAUGCCGCGCGUGACUUUGCAGAGGGGCUGCUGCUUGGCUGCUUUGAGAGCGUCAGGCCGCGCCGGUUCUUAUCGUUCGCCCAGAGAACGCUGCUGCUUGCCUGCAUGUGCGAGGCUUCCCUCUCGGCUGCAGUGGCAGCUUUCAACGUUCGGUGGGCCUCUGAGCUAAGGCGGCAGCUUGCGGUGCCACCGACGGAGCUGACGCUCGGGCUACCGUCAACCUUGCACCCGGCGGCGGCGACCGGUCCACAUCCCACACGCCUCUGGGAGUUGCCUGGUGUGGCUAUCUCGGACUGUGCUGUUAGUGUGACCUUCAUGGCCAUCAAUCUCCAGCUGCAUAAGUUGAGGCCAUUCACGGAGGGUUGGUGCGUGGAUCAGGAUGAGGCGGCCGUAGUGGAGGCUGACCCUGAUGAUGAGGAGCGCAUGAACUUCCUGUCGAGCUUUGUAUCCGCAUGGAUGCCUGCACGGCAAUUUGCCAUUCUUAGUGACUCGCAGUACUGGCGGGGCUUCCUGCAUCGGCUUGAUGUACCAACUUCAGGCCUGAUCCUGACGGCUACCACACAUGAAGCCUUCUAUGAUUUGCGGCUCCAACUCUCUUCUGGCAGUCUUGCGAGAGUGUAUCAGGUGCUUUGUCAUGGAUGGCUCCAUGGUCGCAGCCAUGUGCAUGCGGCUGUGCACUGGGUCAGUGACGGCCGGACCACCAGCAGCUCCAUCAGCCCGUUUGGUCGCCCCUCUUCCACAGGAAUGCGAUUGUCUGGGCUUUUCAUGAUGGAAUUGCAGGCCUUGAGUCUGUUCAUGAUGCGCAUUGCCACAGGCCGCAAGCAUCAAAUUAGAGUGCACGCUGCCCACAUUGGGGCUGCAGUUGUUUGUGAUGGCCGGUACUCUGCGCUGGAAACCUUCCUAGUUGACCGCACAUGGUGUCCAAGGAAUUUCUUGCACCGUUCCCACCUUUGUUUUGCCGUGGCCAACCGGAAGGUUGACGUUGAACACGAGUUGCCCAAAGACUUGGCAAUGGCUCUUCGUGUUUGCAUGAGGCAGCGAGAGAAAACAAAGAUGCAGGUGUGUCAGCUGUCAGCCGCGAGUGAGCACUUGCUUUGUUUGCUCGUACCCGUCGACCUGAUGCCAGCUUACCGAGCUCAGCCGGCCUUACGACAAAGCUGCGGAGGCAAGCACUUGCUUGGACGCAUAUUUUCUCAGAUUUGCAGGCACGUCGUUCGGUUGUUCUGCUCUGCAGGUUCUGGGCAAGAUUGCUCAGAUCAGGGCUGA